UUAAACGAAAACGUUCCGCAGAAUGCACAUUUCCUUUGGAGGACAUGGCGACCUAUCGAAAAGUUGAGCCAUUAGAUGGUUACAAGUACGAGGGCCGAACCCCUGGGAUAGGAGAGGCCAUCGGCCUUGGAAUCGGAAUAAUCACUUAUAGAGCGUUAGCUAACAGAUUGCCUCGUAUCCCACCUACGCCCACUCUGUAUUUUCUACCAGCCUUCAUGGCAGUAGGCUAUCUGUUUGGGAAACAGUUGACAGGCAUCAAGACUCGAUGGGCCAUGAAGAAUCAGCUUAUCCUAGAAGACUAUAGGGCAGCUCAUCCUGAAGAUUUUGUGCGACCCCCUCCAGUCUACUAUAAAGAUCUUCUAAUGCCAUGGAUACCGAUCCGCUGAUUUCUUUGUUUGGGAAUCAGAAAUGUGUUGUCACGCUUAUCAGAACUAAUGAACUAGUAAAAGUGGAUUGAUCAUCAUUUUAGUAGUUUGAAAAUCAAGAACCACUUCAUUUAGAGGAAGUGUUAUGUACACACACUAUGUUAUAUUAUUUAUGAACAAACUAAAAAAAAUAAAGAGAAAAUUAAUUAAAUACAAUUUGUUAUUUAAAGUUUAUGGCUUCUGUUACUAUGUACCAUGCACUUGGCAGUAAAUAUCUACGUACUAAGAACCAUACCUAUCGUGAGUAUGCUCAAUAGUUAUCAAAAAAUGACUUUUUAUGCUUUCUGGAAGGGGUAAGCACCAAGCCACGCUUUGUCGAUCCAUCUGAGUUUUAAUUUUGAUGAAAUUGAGUUUGCAUGGGUGUGAAAAUGAUUUAACCCAAUGAUCAUAUCCAUCCUAUGCAAUGUGACUAUGUCCACCCAUUCCUCUUGCCGACCAUCACACCUAGUGUCUGCAUGAUCAGAUUUGAAGGAACUUAAUAUGCAGCAUCCCUUUAUGGUGGACACUCAUAUUGUGGUCAGGUGAUUGAAAUCCAAUUAUAUUUCAUAGAGUAAUUGCCCUUUGAUUUUAAAUUUGUCAUUUCUAAUUGAUUUUUCCUUUUCCAAACAAUAUCUCAGGAACAAAUUAAUAACAUUGUUAUGCACUUUUUGUUAAGGAAAAUGUACAUGCGCAUUUGCUCAGGGUUUUUCCCUCCAUUGAUUGUUCAAAUAGUUAUUUCACUUCGAAUGAUAAUUCCUUUUCGCAUUUGAUCACAGACACUAACCUUCUAAAUUGUCUAACGUCGUAUGCAGCAUCCAUUUGGGCAUACAUUUUCAUUUUAAAGUUCUGCUCAAUUUUGUUCAAGCAUUUGUUGCCCUCGGAUUUAACAUAUAACAUUUUCGUUUUUAUGUAACAUUUCAUAGUCGGAUCAUUGGAACUAACGAUCUGAAUUUGACGACACUAGAUGCAGUAUCACUGCAUAUACGCAUGUUGUCAAGGUUUUUCUCUUAAGUUAGUUUUCAGAGGGUUAUAGCCCCCUUCAAUAAGUUGCUUCUGCACCAUUAACUAACUUUAUAUGUUGUUUAAUGUACUUUUAUUGAUUUAUAUGUAAUUCUUUGCGUUCAAAUAUAUAAUAAAGAAUUAAAUAUUUAUAUGGUAA